AUGUUUCCAACACCACUAACCCCUCAUUUGAAGAGAAGUGAGUUCACCAGUGUAUACCCACCUAGUGAGGACACAUUCCUUCUCCUAGACUGUUUGGAAGAGUUCUACACAGCAGGAGAUAACAACCACCCUCUCAUUUCUCUUGAGAUAGGUUCAGGUUCUGGUGUUAUAUCCACAUUUGUUCAGGGAAUCUGCCCUGAAACUUACUGUAUAGCUGUUGAUAUCAACAAGCAAGCCGCUGAAGCUAGCAAAGAAACCUCACUUGUAAACAAGAAAGAAGUAGAAGUAGUGUGCAGUGAUCUCGGAGCAGGAUUAUCAGGAUUGUUUGGGAAAGUAGAUCUGCUGAUCUUCAACCCUCCGUACGUUCCUACUGAAUCAGAAGAGGUUUCUAGUUCCGGUAUUGAGGCAUCUUGGGCUGGUGGUAUCGACGGUAGAGAGGUUAUUGACAACUGUCUGGUUCUAUUGUUGGAGAGAGAAAAGCUGGUAUUGAAAAGUUGUGGGUGA